UGGAGUAACAACAAGAAUAACAAGAACAACAAUAACUCAGUAAAUGUAUAUUAUUUAUAUAAUUUAAAUAAUUUGAAUUAUUAAUUAAUUGUUGAGUUGAAUUAUUUACAAAGUUUAAUCAAUUUUAAAUGAAAAUGGGUGACACACCAACACACCCAAUUGACCAAGAGCCAAUAUGGAUUGAUGAGGCAUACGUCACGAAAAUACUGAAUAGCUAUACAAAUGACAAGUUAAGCGAAGUCAAGUCUUAUACCAAAGCACCAGCCACUGUGAAAGGUGAAAAUUUUGUAGGUGCUUUGUAUUUGCUGUCGGUGGAAUAUGUCACAAAACCGGGAACGGAGGCACAGAGUACUAGUUUUAUUAUUAAAACACGAGUUGAUAAUGAAAUAAUGAGUGAGAUCGAAGAAGAAUUUAACAUGUAUCAACGUGAAGCGCAGUUCUAUACAGCGAUUAUGCCUCAAAUAUAUGAGUUAUUAAAUACCAUAGAUGACCACACGGUAUUCGGACCUAAAUCAAUUUAUGUGGAUGAACGUAUUAUUGUGUUAGAGAAUCUUAGGCCUGACGGUUAUGUGCAUGGUGACGUAAAAGCAGGCUUGGAUUUUCCGCACUGCCAACUUAUUCUAGAGAAAUUAGCUAAAUUUCAUGCUGCCACAAUGAUAUUGUACAAGCGGAAUCCGGAACUAUUUAGUAAUCAUCUGCCUGGCAAUGUAUCCGAGCAUCCAUCGCCUCAUCAUGACCUCUACACUAAUCUAAUAAAAUCUGCUAUAGAGUAUUGCAAAACACAGCCAAAUCUACAACAAUAUUUACCAAAACUGAAGACCUUGGGUGAAAAAAUCAUACCUAAAAUGAUAAAUGUUUUCAGCCGUAACCAAGCAGAUCGUUUUCAUGUUCUUAACCACGGUGAUAUGUGGGUCAACAAUAUUCUAUUCCAAUACGAUAAAAAAGGAGAACUUAAAACUGUGCGCUUUGUUGAUUAUCAGGAGGGAUACUUUGGUUCUCCAGGUAUUGAUUGGAACUGGUUUAUCUUUUCAUCUUGGAAAGUUGUUGUUUUGAAAAAUAAUUUCACUAAGCUAUUAGAGCAUUAUCACACUACCUUAGCUGAUCUUUUACAUAAACUUAAUUAUCAACUAAGAAUACCAACAUUGGACGAUGUUAGAAAGGAAAUCGUUAAUAAGGGUUAUCAUGGUCUCGUAACAGCUACUUGCUUUUUACCAAUACUAAUAAACGAGCAGGAACACUUGUCUGAUCCUUCAAAUUUUUUGUUAAAUACUGAAGAGGCUAUAGAAAACAGACGUAUUAUAUUCAACAAUCCAAAAUUUGGCUUACGUCUUGAGGAAUUUUUUACCUUUUUCAAAGAACAUGACAUUUUAUAGAUCAAUAAAAUAUUUCCUAAGUGGAUGCCAGCUAUAUAUAUAAAAGAUAUAUAUAUAUAUAUAUGAAGAUACUGAUUUUAAUAUGGACUUGAUAACAAAAACAGUAUUAAUUAACAAGAUUUGUAAU